AUAAGAGUAGAUAAAACACUUGCCCACUAACCCGUAAGCGGGAAUGAGCGCUAUUAAUAAUUUGUUGUUAAUUAUUUAAGAGAAAUCCUUAAAACUCAAUAUUUAUAUCCCAGUGCAUGUGUUCCCAAAUUUUAAGUGGCCUUUUUUUGUAAUUAUUUAAAGAACAUUUUGUUGAACAAAGUUCGGUAAAAGCAAACAUUGAAAAAUGGGUAAUUCCAGUUCCAUUUGUGCCGAUCGCAAUGCCAUAGGCAAUUUCGAUGAAAAUGGCACACCGAUUUACCCAACAGCAAAUAAUUCCCAAAACCCUUCCAAUGGCCAAGUAACGCCAUAUCAUCAGCUUCGGCACGGCUACUAUAAGACCACAAUUCCCGUUGGCAGUGGGAGAGCCACCAACAACACAGCCACCACAAGCACCACUACCACCACCACCGCCAACGCCGCCAGCAGCUGUUGUCAUUGUCGAACAGCUGAUAUUGGCUCACGCGCACCUCAAUCGCAGCUAGUGAGUAACAACAACAACGACAACCACAACGACAAUGAGGCACUCAAGCUCUCUCACACACACACCAUCAACGAUUGUGAGUGUAAUUGUGGCAGCGCUGAGACAUCAUCGGCAACGGCAUCGGCAGCGAUGUCGGCGCAAAAAUGGCGCAGUAGUCGUGUGUAUAAAAAUCAUACGACUACAACGACAACAACACUCGAAUACGAACUUUCCAAUUUUGCAAAACUAACAACACAAAUCAGUACGCAUAGCGACGUCGGCAAGGCAACACCAUCAACAGCUGACAACACUUCCAGGCAGCAAGAAGAAAUUCUAUUACCACCACCAGCAACAUCAUUCACACCACCACAGCCAGCAGGACCCUUUGUAUCCUCGUCUUAUCAUUGGCAGCAAUUGCAACAGUCUCUGCACGCUCUACAUCAGCAGCAAAUUGAUAGCAACAACUUGCAACAACAACGUUCUUUUAGUAGCAGCAGCAGCAGCAACAACAACGACAACAUGAGCCGAGCCGUCAGCAUUGAACAAUAUGCCCCAAGAGAUCGUUGUGGCCUAUGGGGCACCGGCGACAAUGAAGUCGUUGGCAAAGUCUCUGGAUUCGAUCGCCUUCACGACAAACGCUAUUCAAAGGGUCUAGGAUUUACUCACGAGGAGCGUCAGCAGCUGGGCAUCCAUGGCCUGCUGCCAUUUGCUGUGCGUAGUGAGGAGGAGCAACUUGUCCAUUGCCGCACUCUUCUUGAUCGUCUGGAAAAUGAUCUGGAUAAGUACAUGUACUUGAUUGGUCUGUCGGAGCGCAAUGAGCGUCUUUUCUACAAGGUGCUUAGCUCAGACAUCGCCCACAUGAUGCCCCUGGUGUACACGCCCACCGUGGGUUUGGCCUGCCAAAAAUACAGUCUUAUCUAUCAGCACAACAAGGGAAUGUACAUCUCGAUCAAGGACAAGGACCAUGUGUACGAUGUGAUCAAGAAUUGGCCAGAGGAGGACGUGCGCGCCAUUGUGGUGACGGACGGCGAACGUAUCCUGGGUCUCGGAGAUCUCGGUGCCAAUGGCAUGGGCAUCCCUGUCGGCAAGCUGUCGCUGUACACAGCUCUGGCCGGCAUUAAGCCAAGCCAGUGUCUGCCCAUCACCCUGGAUGUUGGUACCAACACUCAAUCCAUUCUGGAUGAUCCCCUGUAUGUGGGACUACGUCAGAAGCGUCCCUCUGGCGAGCUCUAUGAUGACUUUAUUGAGGAGUUCAUGCGUGCCUGUGUGCGUCGCUUUGGCCAGAAUGUUCUCAUCCAAUUCGAGGACUUUGCCAAUGCCAAUGCAUUCCGUUUGCUUUCGAAAUAUCGCAACGAUUAUUGCACCUUCAAUGAUGAUAUUCAGGGCACUGCCUCGGUGGCCGUGGCUGGUCUUUUGGCCUCUUUGAAGAUUAAGAAGACAAAUUUGAAGGAUAACGUGUUGCUGUUCCUUGGUGCUGGUGAGGCCGCUUUGGGUAUUGCCAACCUUUGUACUAUGGCCAUGAAGGCUGAAGGUCUCACCGAUGAGGAGGCCAAAAAGCGCAUUUGGAUGGUGGACAGCCGUGGUGUUAUUGUACGCGAUCGUCCAAAGGGUGGUAUUACCGAGCACAAGUUGCACUUUGCCCAGACUCACGAACCCAUCGACACUCUAGAGGAGGCAGUUCGUCGCGUUCGCCCCAAUGUGCUGAUCGGUGCUGCUGCCCAGGGCGGUGCCUUCACUCAAGAGAUUCUCGAGCAAAUGGCCGAAAUUAAUGAGACACCAAUCAUUUUUGCUUUAUCAAACCCCACCAGCAAGGCCGAGUGUACCGCCGAGGAGGCCUACACCCACACCAAGGGCAGAUGCAUCUUUGCCUCUGGCUCACCCUUUGCCCCCGUCACCUACAACAACCGCAAAUUCUAUCCUGGCCAAGGCAACAACUCGUACAUCUUUCCGGGUGUGGCACUUGGUGUUCUCGCCGCUGGUAUGUUGACCAUUCCCGAGGAGGUGUUCCUGGUGGCCGCUGAGCGUCUGGCCGAGCUUGUCUCCAAAGAGGAUUUGAACAAGGGCAGCCUAUACCCGCCACUCUCAUCCAUUGUCAACUGCUCGAUAGCCAUUGCCGAGAAGAUUGUCGACUAUGCCUACAAGAACAAAUUGGCUACCGUGCGCCCUGAGCCCGUCAACAAAGUGGCCUUCAUCAAGGCCCAAAUGUACGAUCUGGAUUACCCACGUGCCGUGCCUGUCACCUACCACUUGUAAAUGGACUGAUUAUCUUGUUGUCUUUGUCAUCAGCGCAAUGUAUUUGCCAUUCCAUUAGCUUCGAAAAGCCCAAGGAAUACAACAACACACACAUAAUAUCACACGACGGUAAUGCAGCGGGCAUGAGCAGUACUUUUACUCAUGUUAUUUAUUUUAUAAUGUCGCACAUUUCUUUCCUAGCUUAUAGUCAAAUUGUAUCACACCACCACCUCAAUCCACAUCUAUGUAUCCUCCUUCACACCUUCGUUCUGUUUGUGAUCUAAUAAUCUAAAUGAAAUAUAGCAAACUCUUUACUUAA